AUGGUAAUCAUUUAUACAAGGGCAAUCCUCCCAAUAUACAAAACCACAAACAUAACAGUACUCUACAAGGAAGCCAAACUCAGACCAUCCGAGAUCGAGCUAAACCUGAUUUCACAAUUAUAUACAGCACAAACCAUCAGACUAGACCUUUACUAUCCUCUCAGGAUCAGAGCAAAGAACAUAAUCAAAGCCAGAGAAUAUAAUUACACCCCAGAUACAAGAUUCGCAAGGCUCAUUACAACAUUAUUAAAGAUUGAACACAUAAACCCCUUAGCCUUCCCACCCUGGAAAAUCAGAGAGUCAAGGGCAAAGGCCGAGGCCUGCAUCAAUAGUCCGAUAAACAGAACGAAGACACAAGCAACCGAAGACUUCAAAGCCUUCCACGCCAAGAUCCCAAGAAGCGAUAUACAAAUCUUCUCAGAUGGCUCAAAAAGUGAAAGCAAGGAUGGUGCAACUGGGGGCGGAUUCAUAAUCUCACAAUUCGAUAUUCAGAUAGUAUAUUAUUCUUUUUCAUUAGGUAUAAAUACAGAAGUAUUCGAUGCAGAAGUCACAGCCGCAGUAGCAGGGGCAGCAAAAGCCCUUACUCUAGUAUCAAUCAAAUUGGCCACAGAUCUCUGGAUCUUUUUAGACAACCACAAGACUGCUCUCCGAUUAGGAUCCCACUUCAAUGGUUCCUCACAGAGAGUCUUUGAAGACUUUCUGAAGUUCACACAAGCUUGGGCUAGAGCCACACUCCACUAUAUUCUCGCUAUCAGAUCACAGUAUAACAACUUCGCAGCAUACUAUGAAUACUUCAAUCAUACUAUAGUCUAUGUUCAUUGCUUGUAUGGUAAAAGGAAAACUCUAUUACACUUUUUCUUUUGCAAAAAAGGAAAAGCCUUCAAAGCACUUAUAAAGAGCCCCUUCUCCGAAGUUAUCCCCUAG